GUGCGGUGGUGUGGGCUGCGGUGAAGUGUGGCGGGGUCUGGUGGGGUGGGCAGUGGUUAUGUGUGGUGGGCUGGGGAACAACCUCUCUGAGGUCCUCACAGCCCCGGCUCUUGCUCUCAUGCUCACCCGCUCUGUUAUUUUCACCGACAACUGGCACCUCUGGCACCACCACAACGGGCAACUGCUGCUGGCCGCUGCUGACCACCGGUCGACACCACUCACCACCCAUCUCUGCCUCUCCCCUCUCGUCCCAACCUCCUCCAAUCAUUCCUCCACCCCCAGUGGCACGCGGCCACUGAUGGAGAGCAACAAGACGGUGGAAUCUGGUGAUUUUCUAUUUCUUGGGAAAUCAUGCGUUUCAUUCCAUCCUUUCCCCUCUUCUUCUCCCUUCCCUCACCGCCCUCCCUCUUCUUCCCCUCACCGCCCUCCCUCUUCUUCCCCUCACCGCCCUCCCUCUUCUUCCCCUCACCGCCCUCCCUCUUCUUCCCUCACCGCCCUCCCUCUUCUUCCCCUCACCGCCCUCCCUCUUCUUCCCCCACCUCCCUUGCACGCUCCCCUCGAGUUUGGCCCUCCGUCCCUCCCCACCUCCCUCCCUCCCUGUGAUCUCUCACCCUCCCUCUCACCCUCCCUCUCACCCUCCCUCUCACCCUCCCUCUCACCCUCCCUCUCAUGCCCUCCCUCGCACCUUCCUUCCUGCUCCAUAUCUCCCCCCUCCAGUCUGGACGAUGCAUUGGACUCGGUACCCAUUCAGGCAUUUCUCAAGAACCUCCAUCCAGCCAUGCGGGAGAGAGCACAGGCCAUCAUGGGCGUGCCUUGGGACCCCAACUCUCGCCCCAACGUGUUUGGGAGAUUGCCUGUUUCAAACCUCUCACCCUUCCUUCCCUUGAGUUCUCCCCUCCCCCACUCCAGUUUUGAUGAUGCAUUAGACUCAGUGGGCAUCCAAACCUUCCUCAAGAACCUCCAUCCCACCAUGCGGGAGAGAGCACACGCCAUCAUGGGCUCCUACUGUCCUUCCCCUGCGUUCCCCCCUCCCCCACUCCAUCCCCCUUUGGUUCUUUCCUCCCUCGCUCCUUCCCUCUCCAGUUUCGAUGAUGCGUUGGAUUCAGUGGGAAUUCAAACCUUCCUGAAGAACGUCCACCCAUCCAUGCGGGAGAGAGCACAGGCCAUCAUGAGCGUCCGUUGGGACCCCAACUCCCGCCCCAACCUCUUUGGGGAGAUGCGCUCACCCUUCCUUCCCCCGCGUUCUCCCCUCACUCCCACCAGUUUUGAUGAUGCACUGGACUUAGUGGGCAUUCAAACCUUCCUCAAGAACCUCCAUCCGGCGAUGCAGGAGAGAGCACAGGCCAUCAUGGGCGUGCCGUGGGACCCCAACUCGCGCCCCAACCUUUUUGAUGAUGCAUUAGACUCAGUGGGCAUUCAAACCUUCCUCAAGAACCUCCAUCCGGCGAUGCGGGAGAGAGCACAGGCCAUAAUGGGCGUGCCGUGGGACCCCAAUUCGCGCCCCAACCUGUUUGGGGAGAUUGCGGCGCGUGCUGCUGCUGCCGACGCCAGCAGUGGCGGAGGCAGUGAGAUGGGCGCUGGGGAGCGGAGGGAGGACGCUGAUGUGGUCAUUCACUUUCGGCACGGCGGGAGGGACGCAGAUGCGCUCAUUCACUUCUGCGCGGCGGGGCCAGCAGGAACAGGAGGAGGUGAAGCAGUUGCAGCGAUGAGACCAACAGGGUUUGGUGCAGGCAGCAUGGGGAGUAGGUUGCUGGCGUGGGGGAAGGGGAGAAUUCGGUGGGGCGGAGGCAGACGAUUGCUGGAGACAGAGGGUAGAGGAGAGGGUGGUGGAGAGAUAGAGAUGGGUGGAGAAGGGGAGGAGGUGGGUAGAGAAAGGGGUGGAGGACGGGAGGAGGAGGGCAGAGGAGGAGAGGGGAUGGGUGGAGGGGAAGAGGAAGGUCAGUUGGAGCGUGCGAGUGUGCGUCGUGACUCGGUGGUGGUGCUGCAGAAGCAGAAAGGGGGAGGAGGGAAGGGCAAGGGCAAGACAACGACUUUUGAGGCGCCUCAAAAUCUGGAGCGUGCGAGUGCGCGUCGUGCGAGUGUUUUUGAUGCGGUGGUGGUGCAGAAGCAGAAAGGGGGAGGAGGGAAGGGCAAGGGCAAGACAACCAAGGGAAAGACGAAGAAGGGAAAAACGAAAGUAGGAAAGACGAAAACGGGGAAGACAAAGAAGGGAAAGCCGGGGAAGGCGAAAUCGGGGAAGGCAAAGACGGGGAAGAGGGUGAAGUGGACUCAAGGACAGAAGAAGGCGGCUGGGGAUGAGGAUGAGAAAGGAGGGAAUAAGGAAGGAGGGAGCGAGAACAAGACAGCAGGGAGCAAGAAAGCGGCGAGCGAUAAGGACAAGCUGAGGGUGGUGGUGGUGGCGGAUCAUCCAAGCGUGUUCCGCAAGAUAGGUGCACUGACGUCCGACUUUGCAAAGGUGGGUCUACUGUGCCGCUCUUUGCAAAGCCGCUUGCACCUGUGCGGCGCCUGUUUGAACCUCGUGUUCCACCACCUCUUCGUCCUCUCUCGUUACCUCGUCGUCCGCGGCGGCUGCCGCGUCCUACGCGGAUUCCACGCGUUGCUCUUCCAACAGCAGCUCCCUCGCGCCCUGUCUGCGGCGCCGCGACCGUCUCGUUUUCGCUUCGUCGGCGCGCUGGCGUCGGCUGCGGUACGAUCGGGGGUGAUGGACCCAUCCGCGAGACGGGAUCCGGAGCUGGAGGGUUCCGCGGAGAGCGCGCUGCCGCAGCCUGCGCCUGCCGGGCCUCGUCCGCGUCUCCUUGCGCAUCCCUCCGCAAGCGAGCCCGUUCGCCGCUUCGAGCGGGUGCAAACACUUCCCCAUCGGCCUGCCGCGCGCCUCACCUCGCCGGAGUAUUCGUGGGCGCCUGCACGUGUUGCGUCGAACCGCCCGGACGGUCAGCCGCGGCAUGAGCGCGGGUGCUCGCCUCCGCGUCAGCCUCCUCGGCCGCCCUCUCCUCGCCGCCCUUCUCCUGAGCAUCGCGAGCACUAUCAGCGCGGGGAGGGGGGUCAGCGUUCCCCUGCACGUCCUCGCUCUCCUCGCCGCCCAUCCCCUCGUGGUCAGGCAGGCCAGCGCUCACCCCGAGCGCGAUCCCCCGCGCAACGCUCUCCGCGGCGAUCUCCGGCGACACGGGGGAGGGGGUCGCCUGGGCGUCGCUGGGAUUCGGGUCGCCGCGAGCAGUCCCCCCCGCGUCCACAUUCGGCUGGUUCCGGGGGACGGCGGGGCUGGCGGAAAGGCGGAGGGCGAGGCGGGAAUGGCAACCAGCCGGAUCCUGCCCUCGAUCGCGCUGCGGACACGUUCGUGGAGGUGGUGAGGCAGGCCCGGGCGAGUGGGGCGCCGACUCACGUCCACAUUGAGGUGACCAACGGUCCCCCCUUCGCCGCGGACCCCGGCCAGGUUGCUCCUCUGCGCGCGCCGACGCUGCGCGAAUAUCAGCCCGCGCGUGGGGGAAGGGCUCAGUUCCGCACCCCCCGUCAGGUUCCCGGCUUCCCUGCGCCGCGCUUAUCUGUUGGCCGGACUCCAGGCUGGCCGGCGGCGUUUCCGCGCGAAGCGCUGACUGCACCUCCCCCCACUCGCGCGGGGAGAGACCCCAUGCUGACGAUGUGCCGGAUUUUGAAUCUGGCGGAGGCGUGCGAGGUGGUGGCGAACUUGCAGCUGGCGGUGUGUGGGGCCACGCGGAGCUUUCCGAGCAGUUUCGGUCCAGGGUCCCGAGGAUCCUGCUUGACUUUGGCAGAAUCGCUGGAGUCGCCGUUGGCACCCGUGUCGGAUGCGCCCGCCGGGGUAGCUCCCUUAGCCCGUACUUUCCCCCGCCACGUGGGGGAUCUUGUAGGGGCUGCUCAAGCCGGGACCCCCUUGGACACGCUCCAGUCGUCGGCGCAUCUCCUUCUUGCAGUAUCGGCGUGCAAGCGCUCGAUGCUUGAGGUGGAGGGGGCGGAGCCGUACACGAUAUCAUUCCUCCCAUCCUUCCGAGUGCGAGACUGGGGCCCCCUGCCCCGCUGGGUGGCAUUGGUCGACUUCUUCCUUGCCGCCCGGGCGCGCUACGCCUUCAUUUCUGCAGGGCGAUCAAGGGUCUUCACCCACCUUCUCUCAGCUCGCUGCCUCUCUCGCCGCUGCCAGGAGCCUAGACACCCUCUCCCCUUCGUCAUCCCACUUCCUCCUUCUAAGCGCCUGCUUCUUGCAGCUGCUGGAGAAUGA